CAGUUAAGGGAAAGGACCUUGCGCGAGACCACUCCCUCGGCCUCACAAAGCUCACAUCUCACAGGGAAGAUUGAUGGUGUGCGCUCAGUGGGAAGGGAGAAUUGAACUCUGCGCGUGCUCAGAGAGACACCCGCUACUUCAACAAGGAUCACUUCGACAACAGUAGAGAUCCAAGACCCGGCCCAAAUCAAUCCCUGGCUCGGAGGGGAAAGUUUCUAUAGGCGAAGCCCAAGGAAACAAGGGAGGCUGGGCGUCUGAGCGCACAACGCCCGCUUCGAUUUCGCGCAGUUCCAGCCCUGUUCGAGGAGGUGGCAGGCAAACCCCCCUCGGAGAGUUUCUGGCAGGAGGGAAAAGGGAAGCCGAUUGCCGAGCGCUGACUCACCGGCUCUGCCUUUAUGGGCACCGGUGCAGUGUCGGCGCCGAGAGGGACAAUGGCCCCCUCGGGCCUCAGGGACAAUGCGGGCAGCGGAGAGAGAGCUGGCGCCGGCGCGCCAAGGCACCGAAGCAAGUCACGAAUUUGAGGAGGGAGACAGGGGUGCAAGAAGAGAUCCAUCCAGAAGGGCCUCUCGUUCCUGGAAAGACGGAGCCUGUCUGCUUUCCUGCACCAAGGCUGAAGCAUUUUUAAUCGGGACAAGCAAAGGCAGCUGGCUCCCCUCCACGCAGAUGGAUUUCAUCGCCGGAGCCAUUGGAGGUGGUGUUAGUGCUGCAGUCGGAUAUCCACUGGACACAAUCAAGGUGAGGAUUCAGACUCAGACAAGUUAUCGUGGAAUAUGGCACUGUAUCAGAGACACAUACAGAACUGAAAAAGUGCUGGGUUUCUACCGAGGGGUGUCGAUGACUGUCAUAACUGCAUCGUUUAUUACAUCGUUCUCUUUUGGCAUCUACAAAAACAUCCUUUAUAACAUCUGCAGAUUUCGAUAUGGCUCUGCAGACAGAAAGCCGUCAAAGGCAGACGUGUCUUUUGCAGCAGCUGCUACUGGUGCAAUCCGGGUUGUGCUAAUGUCACCUGCAGAGUUGGCCAAAGUGAGACUACAGAUCCAGAAAGAUCCCUUGGCUAUUCCACCCCACGUCCUGAUCUCCAAGCCCAAGUACCAAGGAGCUGUGCACUGCCUGCGGACCGUCGUGAAGGAGGAAGGUUUCAGGGGUCUAUACAAGGGGUCUUUGGCUCUGAUGUGGAGAGACUGCUGCUCAUCUGUCGUCUAUUUCCUCACCUACAACGUCCUGUGCGACUGGCUUACUCCAGCGGGAAAAGACAGAGCAGACUUAUGGGCUGUGCUUCUUUCUGGAGGCUGCGCUGGAGUCCUGGCCUGGGGCACGGCCACCCCGAUGGAUGUCAUCAAAUCCCGGAUGCAGGUGGAUGGCGAGGGCCUGCGCAGAUACUCUGGAUUAGUACACUGCGUGAGGGACAGCGUAAGAGAAGAGGGGGUGAGAGUCCUCUUCAAAGGCCUCGGACUAAACUCCAUCCGCGCUUUCCCUGCAAAUAUGAUGGUGUUCUUUACUUACGAAGGUGUGCUUAGGCUAGGCGAACGCUGGAUGAAAUAAAGGGGGCAUUGCAGCCUUCGCUAGCUGGCAUCCUCGAGAGCUGGGCCAGGGAACCUUUGCCAUCAGAGGGCCACGUACAAACAGGGGUGGGACAACAAAAGCUAAAUAUCUUUGUACAGUAGGGUAGUUUCUACACACAGUUGUGCACCCCUCUCUAUCUUCCAUCCAGGCAUUCAAGGGGCAUUAUUAUAAUUGAAGGACACAUUCCAGCCAGGCAAAAACACUCAAGGACCAGUGAGGGGUGUGGCCUAAGGAGAGGGGAUGUGACCAAAGAGGGGUGUGGUCUAGAAAGUCUCAAGGGCCAAACAGAGAGGUCUGGAGGGCCACAGUUGCCCCCUGUGCCAGAGGCUCCCCCAUCCCUGCACCUGGAGGACACCAGUUGCCGAAGGCUGCUUCACUGCAAUAUCAUUCUCUCCAAAGUGGUCUUUUCCUUUCGGAAUGCUCAACCAAAUUUCUUUCGAGAAAGCCGUCUGUGCAUUGAGAAAUUAUUAUUAUUUAUUCGAUUUGCAUUGCACUUGCUACAUAGAGAGUCCCUAAGCAACUUACAUAAAGCAUGACAUAUUCUCUGAAAAAAAGAACAUCACAUUGCAAUAAAAACUAUACAAAGACCCAUGGAACAGACCCAGCAAAAGAGCAGCAGCAAAAAUAAAGUCAGAAGCAAGACGUAUCAUCGAGCAACACGACAAUCCUUCAGAUGCCUGGGAGAAGAGAGAUUUUACCUUUCAUCUGGUGUGGAAAGGAUGCUGGCGACAGGCUUGGGAAGGCAUUCCACAGAUAGGAAGCCACAACUGAAAAGGCCCUGCCCUUGUUGUCACUUGCUGAACGUUCUUUGGAGGGGCACCCUGAGGGCCCCAGAUGAAGACCUGAGGGCCCAGGUAAGCUGCCUUGUGGUCCCUUGAUGAAGGGCGAUAUAUAAAUUUAAUAAUAACUUAAUAUUCAUUGCACACAUAUGCUGCUCUGCUCACCUUUGCUUCUGACCCCACCCAUCACUGGCCGCUGGCCCUUACAAGGUUGCUCAGAAAGGAAUGUUGUCCUCCCGCUGAAAAAAGGUUCUCCAUCCCUGAUUUAAUUCUGGGUUCAUCUGUUUUUCAUAUCCAGACAUGGAUGCUUCACUUUAGAAACAGAUGCACAUGAGCAUUGCUGUCUGAAGUUGCUUAAAGCUGAAAAUUUGCAAGUGUAAAGACAGAAGGAAAAAUGAACACAUACAGAGAUCUGGAUUUGCCAGUGAUGGGCAAUGGAAGAGUUUGAUGUUCUAAACAUUUCACUGACCCCAAAUUACUCGUUACUGAACAAACAAUAGAGCUGUUCACCACAGAUGCACGAAAAGCUCAAGGCCACCGGCAGAAACAAGACACCACAUGUAACAUUCCAUGUCCAAGAAUUGCUUUGCUGGAAAACUGCAGCUUGCAGUGGGAAGGCACAUGUUGCAUAAAAGGCUACUAAUGGCCUUCCAUUUACAACAUGAUUUGCUUGACAAGGAAAAGUCGGCACUUUUAAUUCUGCUCUCCCAUUUAUGCCAUUGCAAUCUCAUUCAUUCCCAGACAAGUGCUUUUUUACAAGCUUUGCAAGGGGAACUGGCUUGUGUGAGCACUAAGGGAAUUUGGAAUGCUGGAUUAGAGCAUCAUGGGAUGCUCAGGCAAUUGGAACUACCCUUAGGCAAACCAUUGCAAAAACCGUGCUAGGUGGUUCACAUUAAAUUAUGUGAAACUGUCGUUCUCUACCCUGCUCUCCCCAAUUUUCAUUAGGGAAGCUGUAUUUGUCUGCUGCAGGCGUGAGCUUUCGUGGACUAGACUCCUGUAUCAUCAGAUACAGGAAGUGUUAUCUUAAGUUGGCAGGUAGAUAUACAUGGUUGUGUGUGUGUGUGUGUGUGUGUGUGUGUGUGUGAGAGAGAGAGAGAGAGAGAGAGAGAGAGAGAGAGAGAGAGAGAUUGUAAACAGUGAAUUUAGAGUGUAAUUUUAUUUUGUUAAAGCUCAAAUGUAUUAAAAUCUUACAAUGACAAUUCUUAAAGGAGUGCUGAGAACAACACUGGGAAACUAACCCACAUUUUAGGGUAAAAACCCAUUAUUUUCUUUCAGUACACAGGUGAUAGAACUGAAUUUCUUGAUUCAGCCAUGUGAUCUGGUUUCACUGCUCAUUUCCUGUUGAGAUUCCUUUCCUGUGCAGCAAUGGCUUUCAGGCUGUGCACUGGGAAUUCCUGGAGCUACUCAGAAGGUUAUGAAAAGUUUUUUGAUGAAUAACAGCAAAUAGGUUUCCUGAAAGAGACAGCAGGGGCACCGCUACCAAGCUUCCCUGAUAUGCACUGCUCCAGCUUUGGGGCCCCAGACCUUGCUGGGCUCAGACCCCAUAUACCCCCAGCUAGCCUGGCCAAUGACCUGGGCACCUAAGGUUGUUUGAGGUCAUGCUCUCAGUUCACAAUGGGCAAAGAUGUAGCUCAAUUGUGCCCCCCGUGUGAACUGAGGGCGCACCCUUGAACGGGUAGCUCAUUGGAAAGUGUUUCCAGCAGUUUAAUGAACCGCUGUACUAUACAAUUAGAAAGUGUACAGUCCUUAACAAGAACAUGCAAGUCUAUCUGGCCCAUGAGUUUGCGGUGACCUGGGACUAUUGCAAGAGCUAGCAAAUAUUGCUGCAUAUAGCGUCUGCUCCACAAACAGCUCACUACAAGUUUUGUUGUUCUGUAUGGGACAAUGACAAUAAAGAUUAUCGUAUCGUAUUAUCGUAUUAUAAGUGUCCCCUAAGCAAAUUUAAAGUGAUUUCCACUAGCCUAUAUUUAUGUGCAACAUCUGAUAAUAGUUGCAUCUUCUGAGUGUUCACACACAAAAAUGCACAAGUCUAUACACCAGGUAAUAAUGGCAAAAACAGCCUUUGUUCUGAAAGAUCUCCCUGUUUUUAUUGCGUACGGUUUCAGUUUGUACAGUUGCUAUGCAUGAUUAAUAAACAAUUCCCUUUACACCAGCAUUCGUAAGCUGCUGUGCAAGAUGUCUGA